CUCUUUGCAUAUAUGGUCAGCUAAUAAAUACCGAAUAGACCAGAGAGAAAGAAGCUUAAAUAUUAAUUUGUUUUAACAAUGGAGGGCCAUGGUUGGAUUCAGAAGAAAGGAUUAUGGGCUAAUUUGAUGGUGGUGGUGAUCAUCAGCUUAUCGGAAAUGGAAGGGGUGAGGGGGAGGAAUCCAGUGCUUCACAGGGUAGGAGGAGGAAGGUACACUUGGGCUCCCAACAUCAACUUCACUCAGUGGGCUAGCCACGAGGUCUUCUACGUCGGCGAUUGGCUCUACUUUGGAUUCGACAAGCAUCAUUAUAAUGUUCUCCAAGUGAACAAGACAAGCUACGAUGCCUGUGAGGACAAGGACUUCAUCGCGAACAUCACCAGAGGUGGCCGCGAUGUGUAUAAUCUCACUCAGGCGAAGCCAUACUACUUCCUCAGCGGUCGUGGCGGCUGCUCUCAAGGAAUGAAACUUGCCAUCUCUGUUAAGGAGGCUCCGCUGCCUGAUCGCACCCUGCCUCAUACCCAUAUUCUGCCAAAGACCAAUGGCUGCUCUCCACUUUCGCUCGCCUGCAGUGCUCACGUUAAUGACCCUGUCUUCGGCGCUGCUUUUUUCGUGUUCCUUUCGCUUGUUUUCAUGAGCUAG